AUGAAUCUACCUGGAAAUUUCCAAACAUUCUCUCAAGUAAAAGGUCUGUGCAUGAGCCUGAUCCAGAAUCCAAAAGACAUAAUAAGCAUCAGAAAACUGAAUGGAAUAUUAGUUGAGUCAGAAAAUUCCUUUGUGAAAGUCAUUCAACCUAUUGUACUUUCAACAUUUUAUCCCAUCAUCAAAAAGAUAUCUGAAGAUAAAUCAAGUUUCAGUGAUGAUGAAAAACAAUGUAUUACAGAUACAUUAGGAAACUUGUUAGACAAAUCCAUCAUUGACAAGCUGGGACUAUUUUUCAAUAUCUAUGCAUUUUUGCUAUUUGAAAUAUAUGAUCAUAUGCAGCACAAAGUAUUGCCUAUACAUGAAGAAUACAAGCUGAGUAUAAUGCAGUGUACCAAAUCUCUUGCAAAAAGUGUGUCAUCAGAUCUUCUAUUUGAUCUUUAUACCAAAGGGAAUGCCCCAAAAUUGUGUCAGAUGCUCUAUGUUUCAAUUGAGAUUGCAAAAAAUGAACAACUAAGAAGUUUGAGAAUUGCUGCCAUUGAAUGCAUAAUGUCUCUUGCUAGAGUACUUUCUGAUGAUGAUUAUCAAGACUUGAUAUUGAGAAAGCAAGUUUCAGAAGUGUUCUUAUUUUUUUUACCAGGAGUAGCUAGUGGUUUGAAGCAAAUAGCAUUAGAAGACGAGAAAGUUGGACACAAAAUACCUGUGAUAGCUCUAAGGGCUUGGGGCAGAAUUGUAACACUGCUGAUGCAAGAUUAUAAUGUCUCAGACCAAAGCUUGAACACAGAAUUUGAAUCAUUCAAAUUUAUAGAAAUGACUAUCUCAAAUUCCCAGAAAAUGAAAUGGAAGGACAACAAAGAGAUCACAGAACACUUGAAUUCUACGAAAAUAUCACCUCAAUGGUACAAGGAUACAGAUAAAAAACUAGAAGGACUUGUCCAGGAAUUUGGAAAAGUAUUACACCAUUCUCACCCCAAAGUUAGAAAAGAACUAUCCCAUAUGUGUGAAAAUAUUCUUUAUCAUUGUUUGAGAACCAUGCCAUUAUCUUCAAGACACUUGAUUGAGAUUAUAAUAACCCUGUCUGAAGAUGAAGAAAUAGAGAUAGCAAAUAAAAGCAAAAUCAUAUUGAUGAAUCUGUCCCAAAAGCUUUCCUCUAAUAACAUGAAAACCUUGUUAGAAAGUCUAGAAGAAGGAUUUUUGAAAGGAAUCAAUAGUUUGCCAAGGAAAUUUAAUGGAAUAGAUGAAAGAGAACAAUUAGCUUCCCUGAAUCUCAUCAUAGGUUAUCUGAAUAUAUUUGGUGAACACAAUUUGACACAGGUUUUGUUGUCUGGGAAUCAUCUGAAUAAACUGAUGCAGACAUUGCUUCACAUAUCUGAAUUGAAAAAAAGUUCUGUUGGUUUAUUAGAAGAAUAUUCCAUAAAAGAUUUGCAUCCAGACUUAGAUUUGGGUGCCCCCUGGAAGAAAUUUGUAUAUUUCAAGGAAGACUCUGUUCAACUUAAAUUAGAAAAACUCUGCUCACUACUGGCUAAAUAUAAUUCAUUCCAGAUGGUCAGUGAUUUUUUGCUUGACACUAUCAUGUACAAUCAGGAGCAUAGAAAAGAGGCAAUUUUCAUACUAAAUGGAGCCAUAUUAGGUAUCCAAUUCAAUGAAGUCAAUGAACAAAUAAUAAAAAGCAUUGUCAACACUUAUAUUGACAAUAAGUAUUGGCAAAUACCUUUGAAAGUAGGUUUAGACGAAUUUGGGAGAGAAAUAACUCUUGCAGAGGUCCAACAAAAUGUAAUUCAAAUGUGUUUGUUGGUUGAAGGACUGGGUAAAAUAGCCCUCAUCUUCAAAGAACAUUUUCAGCAAUUCAUUUUCAAAGUUUUAUACUCGAUUUUGGAAAGAGCAGGUAGUAGUCAUUCUCUUAUAAGGGCUGCAGGACUUGCAGCAUUGGGAAAUAUAACUUUAUCAUGUGGAUAUUCAAGUAUAACCACUUUGAUUAAUGAAAAUAUAGACUAUUUUACGUACAGUGUUGAAAGAAGACUGAACAGGUCUGAUGAUAAAGAAAAAGUUUUGAGUGUUUUAUCAGUAGUCUUGAUGUACAGCACAAUGGAUGUCUUGCAAUAUCUAGCAUAUAUCAUAGAAGAUGUUUUGGUACAAUCUUGUGAUAAAUUCAAAGAAAAAAAUUCCACCGCUUUUCUCCGAGUAUUCAAAAUUUUCAUAAAAUGUCUGAGAAAAUGGCUCGAAAUUGAAAUCGAAGAGAAACCCAUCAUACCAAAAGCCCAAAAAGACAGAGAAAUCGAGGAUUUCAAAGUAACAGGUUCCAAAGAAAGUUGUGACGACUUUUCUGACGAAAUUAUGGGCCAAACAGCUGAAGAAAUGUUCCAAGAAGACAUGAUAAAGAAACAAGAAGAAUUGGAUAACCAAAUCGAAGAAUCUGAAGGCGAAGAAUACAAAAAACCUGAUCCGCCAUUACACGUCAAACUAACCGUCGCCAUUUUGACGAGAAGCCUACACUUUUUGCCGUCCAAAGACAAACUAAAAAAACUACUCGUCUUGGAAAUCUUGACGAACGGUUUAGAAGUGAUUAGAGAUUAUGAGGAUGAAUUGUUGCCGAUCGUACAUCAAGUUUGGUCGCCAUUGGUGCAAAGAUUCAAAGAAUUUGAUGAACCGUUAGUGAUUAACUUUAGCUUCCAAUUGCUGAUGACUCUAGCCAGACUUUCCAAGGAAUUCAUAUUGAUGAGAACUACCAAAGAAGUGUUACCGAACAUUUUGAUAGUACUGAAUAGACUUUCCAAAGAAAGCUACCUCAAAGAUAAAGGAUCAGCGUACAGAUACUCCCAAAAUUACAAGUUGCAGCUGCAGCUGCUCGAAAAUUUGGCGCAAAUACUGAUUCACUUGGACGUAAAUGAACCGAAUUUGAACAAAGUGAUGGAAAGCAUUCACGCAUAUUUGAGUGACAAACAGCCUUUGCCUCUACAGAUGGCCGCUAAAGAAUUUUUCAAACGUUUCGCUUCAUACGAUCCGAUUCCUGUUUUGAAGAAACUCGAAUUUUGGGAAAGCAACAAUAGAAACAAUGAAUUUGAGAAUAAUCUGAACCAAUUAUUGUUAUUUAUCAAAUAA